GACCAAUACAUCUUCGCAGCAUUUCCAGUUGGUUCUCGCCGAACGUGGUUGUUGGCCAAUAUGAAUUGACGCUAGCUCCAUGAUGUCUGGUACUAGCUGCACAGGGGUGCGCCUAACUGAGAGACUUCUCAUGUUUCGGCUGGUCGAGAUGGUUUUGUUCGUUCUGGCUUGUUCUUUGUUUACGAAUAUGAAAAAGAAACUUUCCAUUUCAAGAGUCUACGCAAUGUUGCGAUUGCGAAGUGCUCAAAUGUUUCUUGAGAUCUAUAAUCUGUAAUUGCGAGUUUUGGGGAGGUUGGAAGUUGCCGCGGACUUGUUGAGCCCUUGUUGACAGAAAUGUCCUCACCGAAGUCCGUGACGAGGUCAGGAAAGACCUCCACGUUCAUAGGGAAUGGCGACACCAACGCCAUACGGGCGCCAUUAGAGCAGUGGACGGGCAUAGGGAGCAGCGAUGGAAAAUCAGCCGAUGAUUUUAGCAAUGCAGCCAACAACAGCGACCGAGUGAAGGUCAUAAACAGUCGGGAAAAGGCGAGUUUCGACAGUGCGAUGAGCGACGUAGACGAGUGCGACGAGCGGAGAAGGUUUAGAAAUGUUGCGGUGAAAGUAAACUACAAUAGUGACAGUUGCUUGACGCCGCGAUCGCGUCGGACUCUGCGGAGGAUGGUGUCUACCAUCAGUGAACCUUGGCCAAGUAUUGAAACGCCAUCCAAACCUACUCUGGAUACCAUUUUCAGUCCAACUCACGAAAUUCUUCACCCCUUGCAGUCGUUGCGGCUCGAGAGGUCGUUCUCGGCCAGACCUGUAUCAAGCAAUACCAUCGCAUCUCGUUCGACCAACAAGUCCAGCAGCUUCAGGCUGCCAAUGCCACCGACGAAGUCUAUUAAAUUUGAAGGCUGCAAAUCCGCCAAGCCACAGGCAAAUCCUGACGAAUUUGGUAGGUUCGUGUCCUUCAACCCUCGGUCGGAGUCUGCGCAAUUUGAUCCGUUUACAUGUUCGACGACUAGGUCGAAUUUUAUCAAAUUUCAGAGCUAUGCGUCUUACUCGCCAAAACGAAACUACGACAUUGACACUUACAAAUCCUCGACGCCACAGCUGAAAUUUGCUGAGUUCGAGGGCUACACGCUCCGGAGGCAGCAAUCGAAGACAGCAAUCACUGUAGAAGAAAAAUUGGAGCAGAAACAGAAUCUAAUCGACAAUCCCGACUAUGUACUUGAUGACACUCCACCAGAGACACCCAAUAAAACAAUCUAUUCCGAUGCGGAAACUGUGUCUGCGCAUAGGCCGAAAGUAGUGGCAAUUGUAGUGAACGCCGAGAAGAAGUUGACAUUUGCUGCGUUGAACUGGGCAAUCAACGACGUGGUUCAACCGGGGGACGAGAUAAUUAUUCUAGGAGUUCUCAAACACAUAUUUAGUCCAAUGGGAUUCAAGAUGCUGGCGAACACGGAUCCAUUGUUUGGAACAAACAAGGAGUUCCUACAAGCUAGUGUGACCGAAGCAACCCAAUUUUUUGAACAAAAAUUAGCUGUUUCUGGCAGGCGAGAAGAAUGCGAGAAGAAGAAGGUCAAGCUCACGGUGCGAAUAGCGCCGGGUGCCUGCGCUCGAUUGGUGGUUGUGCAAGAGUUAGCAGCUCUCAAAGCGACAUACGCAGUAUUUGACAGGAAGACAAUGAGGAACAGACGCUACUACUGCAAACAUCUCUCAUGUCACGCCGUGCGCAUGCGCCAAAAUGGGCGUUCCACAAGAACAGUCACCCCGAUAGCAUACAAGAGCUCUCCCGAGCCCAAGUUACUAAUCUCAUCCCUCAUCUCAAGAUCCAUCUCACCGAAGAGCGCCAACUGCACCUGUCCCGAGUCUCCAAGACCCACUUUCUGGCGAAAGUUGACAAGUUUCAAAUUACGACGCCGCGGCAGCCGGACAAUCACACCACAAAGCUCCGACAUUACCCAUACGCCUAGCGCCAUCUCUCAAUCCUCUCAAGCACAACUGCACCAAGCUAGGGACAACCUCUCAUUCAAGCUCAGGUCCUUCACACUUAGCAUCGCUGCGUGCACAUCGUGUGUCGGCGACGAAGCACACUCGCAGUCAAGUCGGAGCAAUCAAGGCGUGAUAUCGAUCACCAUCCCCACGCCCAUCUGCGCCUCAUGAGCAACAAUUCCAGUGGACGCAACAUUGAUUUUCCGAUGAAGCAUGGAAUUCUUCCGCAGUAGAUUCUUCCGAGCCCACGAUCGAUCGAUCUGGUGGGGAUUUCGUAUUUCUACCCGACACCGGCUUCAGGUGUCGAAGUUGCAAAAGUAGAUUGUAUAGAAACACUCAAAGGUGGAGCAACUGAGCAUGCACAACAUCUUGUUGAUUUGUUUAGUUGGUGUAUUGGUUUUUGUAGAAAAGUAACAAAAAAUAGACACUUCAAAAUAUUUUCAUUUCCAAUACAAGAUUUCAUUAGGCAAUUUCAUGAUA